UUCGUCAUUUGCAAAGGAGGUGACCUAGCAAUGCCGCUGUCUUUGUGUAGUCGGUUGGGGAGGGAAUGGAUUGCAGAGGAAGCAAGGCACCAAUGAAGUUGUUAACCAUCGUCGUGUUAUUCCAUCAUCCGUAGCAGCUCGAUCAACAUCACCAUGGCGCUCAACUACAUGGCCGUGGCCGCCAUCAACUUGGUCGCCGCGCUGCUGUCCGUCCCCGUGAUCGCCGCUGGCAUCUGGCUGUCCACGCAGGCCGACAACGCCUGCGUCCAGAUCCUCCAGUGGCCAGUGAUCGCCCUCGGCGUCGCCCUCCUCGCCGUCGGCCUCGCGGGCUUCGUGGCCGCCUUCUGCCGCCUGCCGUGGCUCCUCCUCGCCUACCUCGUCGCCAUCUCCGUCCUGGUCGUCGCGCUGGCCUGCCUCGCCGUCUUCGUCUUCGCGGUGACCACGGGGUCGUCGGGCCACCGGGUGCCCAGCCGGGACUUCCUCGAGUACGACCUGGACGACUACUCCGGCUGGCUGCGCGCCCGCCUGGACGCGCCGGGGCGCUGGGACCGGAUCAAGGCCUGCCUGGCCGCCACGCCCACCUGCACCGACUUCAACGCCACGUACGCCACGGCGCAGGACCUCUUCACGGCCGCCCCCAACAGGAUGAGCCCGCUGCAGUCCGGCUGCUGCAAGCCUCCCACCAAGUGCGGCUACACCUUGGUCACCCCGACGUACUGGAUCAGCCCCAUCAGCGCCACCGCCGACCCCGACUGCGCCGCCUGGAGCAACGAGGAGGCCAAGUUCUGCUACUCGUGCGCCUCCUGCAAGGCCGGCCUGCUCCAGAACCUGCGAGGGGAGUGGCGCCGCGCAGACCUCAUCCUCGCCGUCGCCACUGCCGCGCUGCUGGCUGUCUACGCCAUGGGCUGCUACGCGUUCCGCACCGCCAAGACCGACGAACUCUUUCGCCGCUACAGGCAGGGCUAUACAUGAUCGAUCAUGACGACGAUGAUAUGUACUGUAUUAAUUAAUCGGCUCUUCUUGUAUUUGUAUUUAAUUCCCAACAUAACGUUGCAGAUAUAUCUAUUACUACUCUA